CCAUUGUUUUUUCGUCUGCAACAACAGUUAGCCAAACGACAUUUACUUCAUAACAGAACAUGUUUUGUUGAUUUGUUGUUCGUCAUUUACAUUUACAGGCACGUUAUGUCGUAUAGUGUUAAUGAGUAAAAUCAUCAUAGGAAUGAACCAAUCAAAAAAUUUUGCGUUUGUUGUAUUUUUAACUAUUCCAAUUCUUCUUUUCUGGACGUCGUGUUAUGCAGAACAUGAUGACACUGUCUCGACAAGAUUUGCUCAAUUUUUAAAUCAUUCAGAACUAUCACUAUCACCACCACUACGUCAACUUUGGAAGAAAACCAUUCCAGAUGAACUCAAAGAUGCCAAACAUGGGAUUGUAAUGGGUGUGUCUUCAGAAAAAUGUGAUAAUGGAAAGGUUAACUUAACAAUUGAUUGGGAUGGUUCACCUGUGAAUCACACAUGUUUUACUUCCAAAUACCCACUACCAGUUAAAGAGGAUAUUGAGCCAUAUAUAACCUGUGAUAAGCUUCCCCCUGGAAAUUAUUCACCUACCCAUUAUUGCAUGGACACUGUGGUUCAAUAUAAUUCAUCUAUUCCAACUUACGAAGGCCACCGUCCCCUCUGGCCUAUUUUCGGUGAAUACCAGUUUGUUCCACCUCAGCGCUGGCUUCAUAAUGUCGAGCAUGGAGCAAUCAUCAUGUUAUAUCACCCAUGCGCUGAGCCUUCCGAAAUUCUAAAAUUGAAGAAACUGGUAAAAUCUUGCCUUUGGAAAUAUGUCAUUACUCCCUGGAACAUGCUGAGUAGAGAAAUGCCUUUUGCAUUAGUGGCUUGGGGAUGUCGACUACAAAUGGCUAAAGUAGAUUCCGGAAUUGCUCGUUACUUUAUCCGUUCCAAAGCGUUUCGUGGACCGGAGUCUCAUUAUCUGAAACAAGGACAAUUUUCUGUGGGACUCAUUGAGGCUUCCAAUCCACCAAGUGAUACCAAUUUGGACAAAGUGCUCUGUUGAUUACCAGUGCGAUGACUAUAGUCUCCUGUGUUGUGUAUGUUGCACACAUUUCUCCAGUUUUCUUUCCGAGGUUAUGGCAAGUUCUUUCUCAUGAAUAUAUCCAGAUGUACAGAAAAAUUAGUUUUUUUUUUCUUUCAUUGAGGAAAAUAAAUGUGGCCUUAGGACAU